CUCAACACUUCCGUAUAUGGCUCACUGUGUGAAAUGGGUCCCAUUGUACUUCUUGUCUCGUUUUUUCUUCUGCAUUUGUGCGAAGCAGAAGUGACUCCUGUGUUUGUGCAGACCGGGAAGGAUUUACCUCUGAAUGUCAAAGAAGCCGUUACUCUAGGAGAGGCUGAUCUUUUAACAUGGACUGUCAACAACAAGAAAGAUAUUGCAAGACUUGGUGAUACUGGUAGAGUAACUAUUUUCAGGGAUUAUUCAGGAAGAGCUGAACUUCAAAAUCAGUCCUUACUGUUGAUGACUGUGACAAAGAGUGACAGUGGAGAUUACAGAGCUCGUGUUUCUGGAGACGAUCCCAAAGUUCUAGCUGAAUACAAGGUCACAGUUCUGGAUCCAGUGUCUCCAGUGAAGUUGACAGUGAACACCUGCAGCUCAGACUCCUCUAACCUCACAGUGACCUGCAGCACUCAGGACUCUCUCAUCAGCAGGACUUUCACAUGUGACAACCAAACCUGCUCUGAUGAGAGAGGAGAGAGAGCAGAGUUUACCACACCUGGAGCCUCUCUCAAUGUCUACCUGCAGAACAACUCCAUCAUCUGUGUCCAUAAGAACAAGGUCAGCAGGACGGAGGACGUCAUAAAGAUUGAAGAUUUGUGUAAAAAGAGUGAUGACUUUAAACCUCCUAACACUCCCUUUGCAGCGAUUCUUGUUCCCAUCUUUUUUUUCACUGCGUUCAUAUUUGCAGUAUUUCUUUAUCUUAAAAAAAAAAGCAAAAAUGAAAAUGAGAGUGCUGAAAACACCAUAUAUGACGUUCCUCAGGAUGUUAAUAAAGACCAACCUCCGGUGAAGAGACCAACAGAUGACGCCGCUUCAACUAGUCCAUCCACCGUCUACUACACCUUAGGGCAAAUCAAUAACACAGAAGAAUCCACUGAGGCUGUAUGCAAUACUCUGCCAGAGAGCCUUUACGACGUAGUAGAAAAGCCUGCAAAGUCCUGAGACAGUUCAGCACCAACUGUAUUUCGCCAGCAAGAAGCAGCUAUGAUGGACUUCCAGCCAAGACUUCCUUCUUGCAUUGUUUACAGUCUGACUAGUGACUUGAGUCACAAGAGUGGAGUUAAUGUGGCAAGACAUGAAUAUAGCUAGAUUGCUAUCCGAAGGUAUUCUAUCUACCACGUAUCCCUCAAAAUAAACAGGCCUUUAUUUGCUUUUACUGCAGAGGGUACCAGGCCUUUAUAUGUGGCAGGCUUGUAUUAGAGGCAAGCUUUUACCUCAUGUUCUCCGAGUGUUACAGCCUCCCUUCACAAAGAAACCAAGGCUCAGAAAGUGGCGACGCCAGACAAAAUGUAUAGAUUCAACUUUGAGCUUUAUUUGAAAUCAGACCCCCAAAAUAUUCAAGAAAGAAGAAAAUGAAAACCUGGGACACAGAAGGGUCUGGAGACCAAAAUCCACAAAUGAUGGGAAGGUGCAUGGCCAGCCGAAACUAACUACCCAAGUUUACAUUUUUACAGUUGCCCAAAGCCCUGUAUCCUUGUAAAUGAAUGUCCAAUCGCAACAGUAGUUGCAGGUCUAUGUUAAAAUGAUUCUGUGUAAACAGCCCCUUAAUAAUCAGUCGCUAAGCUGGUAAGCAGUAUAUCUGGCAGCUACUCAGCAUUUUCAGUUUUGCUAAUUGUUGUCUCCCAUUGUGCUUUAUUAUUGUCUGUAUUUGUUAAAUUGUUAUUCAGUGAACAACUUUUGCUUUGUUGCAGUUUUACAGUUCUUCAAUAAAUACCAAGAAAAGUUAACCUUUUGCUUACUGAAGGACUUUGAACUGUGGUUCAACCAGAAUAUGGGAGCCGAUUGGGGUGUCAUAUUUUAAACUUGUAAUGUUAGCUGGGGAUCAAUAAUUAUCCCUGAAAUGUAAAAAAAUGUAUGCAUAAUUUUAGCAGUACAGUAAAUAGAACUGUACAAAGGUGUACAUACUUUUAGUUAUUAUAUUGUGAUUAAACACAUAAAGGGGAUGUCUUUGUUGUAUUUUCUGCAGAUAACAUCCUCAGACACAGUUUUAUAUAGUUGUAAUGUAAAAUUAAUUAAUUUAAAAAGUGUUAUUGGAUAUGUUGCAUACAAUCAAUGGCAAUCAAAGAAAAACAGCAUUUGAUAAAAAUUGCAGUGUAAAUGUAUUAGCAGCAGUACAAAAUAAAGAAUGGGAAAAGCA